AUGCCUUCUUGCAGUGCGCGCUCGGCCUGUCAAUGCAGAGAGAUUGUAGUGCAUUCCGUGAGGUCAUGUUUUGUAGCAGGACAACAGAAUAGCCAUCAUUUAUUAUCCAAAUAAUUAAACUUAAUUCAUCUUCGAGGACUCGGACUUUUGUGGCUAAUCCAGAACUGACAUUCUGUAUUUUGGUGACGGAGUACAGAGAGCCUAGUUUGGAUGCCCAGAAAGUAGCUCCUCCAGGUUUCAUCAUGAAUAAAAACAAGCGAGGAGAAGAGAGGGAGUUCUAUAGUUUAGAUGUCGGAGAUUCCACCUUCAAAGUUCUGAAGCGCUACCAGAAUCUAAGGCCCAUCGGCUCAGGAGCACAGGGAAUCGUCUGUUCAGCGUAUGACCACAACCUUGAGAGAAAUGUGGCUAUUAAGAAGUUGAGUCGGCCGUUCCAGAACCAGACGCAUGCCAAGAGAGCGUACAGAGAACUGGUGUUAAUGAAAUGUGUCAAUCACAAAAAUAUCAUUGGCUUAUUAAACGUGUUCAGCCCACAAAAAUCACUMGAGGAAUUUGCAGACGUAUACAUUGUGAUGGAGCUGAUGGAUGCCAACCUGUGCCAGGUGAUUCAGAUGGAGCUGGACCAUGAGAGGUUGUCCUACCUGCUCUACCAGAUGCUGUGUGGCAUCAAACACCUCCACAAUGCCGGCAUCAUACACAGGGAUCUGAAGCCCAGUAACAUUGUGGUGAAGUCAGACUGUACAUUAAAGAUCUUGGACUUUGGCUUGGCUCGGACAGCGGCUACAGGUUUACUGAUGACCCCCUACGUAGUGACCAGAUACUACAGAGCACCAGAGGUCAUACUGGGGAUGGGCUACCAGGCCAACGUGGACGUGUGGUCAGUGGGCUGUAUUGUGGCUGAGAUGGUCAGAGGUAGUGUGUUGUUCCCAGGCACUGACCACAUUGACCAGUGGAACAAAGUGAUAGAGCAGCUCGGGACUCCGCCCCAGGACUUCCUGAUGAAGCUCAACCAAUCAGUGAGGACGUAUGUUGAGAACCGACCGCGCUACGCAGGAUACAGCUUCGACAAGCUCUUCCCUGACGUCCUCUUCCCUGCAGACUCAGAACACAACAAGUUGAAAGCGAGCCAGGCCAGAGACCUGCUGUCUAAGAUGUUGGUGAUCGACUCGUCUAAGAGGAUCUCGGUGGACGAGGCCCUGAAACACCCCUAUAUCAACGUGUGGUACGACCCAGCAGAAGUGGAGGCACCCCCUCCAAAGAUCACAGACAAGCAGCUGGAUGAGCGAGAGCAUACGGUGGAGGAGUGGAAAGACCUGAUCUGGAAGGAGGUGUAUGAGUGGGACGAGUGGACCAAGCAGAAUGGAGUGAUCAGAGGACAACCUCCUCCUUUAGGUGCAGCAGUGAUUGACAGCUCCCCUCAGCACCCCUCGUCCUCCCCCUCAGCCAAUGAUGUAUCCUCCAUGUCGACUGACCCCAGUGACCCUAGUGAACCCACCAUGACCUCUGACACGGACAGCAGCCUGGACAGCCACACCUCUCUGGGAGCACUGGCCUGCUGCAGAUAACACACACACACCCCUGUCACGGUAUAUAGUUUAAAACACUUAAAUGGGCAAUCUGCGAUGGCUACAUAUUUUCUUUUUUGCCUUUUCAUUGAAUGAUAUAUACCAAUUGAUUCUUGAAGAAUAUAAUAUAUAAAUGCUUUUACUCCAUUGUUUGUAAACAAACACUGUAUAGCCUCAA